AUGAUUCCCAGCAAAAUUUCUCAAAACGUCUUUUUGGGCGAUUUUUCACUAAUCUCGCAAGACAUCGGCAACGGCUGGUUUGGGGCCGCGGGCCGGGUCAUGAACCUGGUGGUUUUCACAUCUCCGGUUUCAAAGACUGUUUCAUUGCUCAAAGAAAGCGGUUAUUUUAGCCAUCAGACAAACACGUGCUUUUUGUGUCUGGACCCCGAUUUUGACGUGAAUCGGCUUUCUCCUGAUGAUAUUGAUCUGCUAUCCAGUUUUGAGUCUCACAACGCCAAACCUCUAGACGAACUACUUAAUGUUGCAAAACAGCGACACAACCCAAGGUUUUCGGUUCCCGUGAUCACCCGUGAUUGGAAGUCAAGCAUCUCCACAACAAGUUUGUUCAUUCAAAGUUUGUCCCAGGCCGGGAAAAACGUGUAUAUUAUUGCAGACUGCUCUCUGCAUAACAUGGCCACGAUACUGGCACUAUCAUACACCAUUUUCGCAACAGGAGCACAACUGAGAGAUGCCGUUCAACACAUGGGCUCUGUCUCUAGGCAAUUGGGUCAACUUUCGGAAGAGAUUAUCCGAGAUUAUGGUUCCUACUCACUUCUGUCCCAGCUGAGACAACAGGCGAUUGGGAUGAGGCACGCCGAGAGUGUUUCGUCGCAGAAGAGAGAACUCGAAACCACCCAACUUUCCUCCCUGGACCUGUCCGAUUCCCGUUUGAAACGGAAAAGGGACUUGGAUUAG